UUUCCUUGCAAAUAAACAUUGCAUUAUAUUUCUUCUAAACAAGAUUUAUUAAUUAAUCUUGGCAACUAUUAUCUAGCAAGACAAGUAACGGCCAUGGGUAAGGCUGGAUCACGGAUUUGUGGCGGCAUCGGCUGUAUAAUCGUACUAGCCAUAGCCGGUGUGUUAAUCUGGCUUCUUGUUAAGCAUCGUUACCCGAGUUUCUACGUUGAUCAAUUUUCCGUUUUUUCCCGCCAAGAAACUACAAACUCCCUCAAGAAUUACACAGUUCAUUAUGAUCUAAGGAUAAAAAAUAAUCGUCAUCCUAACGACAAUUUGGGAAUUUACUACGAUGCCCUCAAUGUAACGUUUUAUUACAAACAAGACGUUAAUAGCUUCCCUAUUAAAAUUGGUGAUGCUACUUUUAGCCCAUUCUACAUACGUCGGUAUAGAAGCACACACCGUGCCGGGAGUUUCGAUGCUAGAGGGGUAAAAUUGGAAAAUGGUACCGCGUCUCCGGUGAUUUUUCGGGUGGAGUUGUCAACGGCCGUGAGGUAUAGGAAACCGUUGUGGAAGGGGAAACGACACCGUAUGGUGGUAGGGGCUGACUUUAAAGUCAACGAUCAAGGUAGUUUGAUCAAUAAGGAAGUUAAACUCAAGUCAAAUGCUAAAAGGAACGGUAAAGUUCGUUUAGAGUUGAUGGGUAUUUUGGGGAUUUUGGUAUUCAUUCUUUCUUUGUAAUAAUACUCCGUUGUUUUUUUUUAUUGGCAUUUUCUCCCCUUAUUCAAUUUUUUUGUUUGUUAUAAACAAAAGA